AUGCAUCGGCCUAACAAUUCAAAGUCAUCUAAAGGACCGCAUAAUCGCUCCUCCAGCAAUAGUUCUGCGAGCGGAAGCAUAUUCUCGAACCUGAAGAAACUGACCACUGGUAGUAGCGGUAAUGUCAAUCCAGAGAGAGAUCAAAUUGGCCAACGAGUCAAUGCGUCCGACAUUACAUCCCCGAACAAAAUAGCGCUACCCACCACGGGAGAAUUUUCCCACAGACCGUUGAGUAAGCAAACGACGCUAAAUUUGGCAAAUUUAUCGGCAUACACCGAUGGAUUGAGCUCUCACCACAGGUCCUCAUCCAACGUCUCGCAGGGCUCUCCUACAAAAUAUUCAUAUUCUCGCCGCGCUUCACAAUGGUCCAACAAUAAUUCUGGCCCAACCGGAAACAGGUUGUCGCGGCAACAGACCAACCAGAGUAUGUCUUCUGCUAGCAUUUUUUCGCAAGGCUCCUUCUCAAAUCUUUCGCGGUUUGUAGGAUCUGACGGUUCCAUCAAACUUGAAAAGCCAAAGGAUCCGCAAGAAAUUGAGGAAUUGUUUGAAGAGGUCCUGUACAAGCGAAACGUUUAUCAAAGUCUACCUGCCUCGGCCCAAAAAGAACUAAACGGUUAUGAUCUGGAUAAAAAAUGGCUAAUGGUAAAGCAAGAUUUGCAAUCAGAACUGAAGAAACGCAUGAACAAGAAGAGUAGCGGUCGAUUACCAACUGCUAACAUAGGCACUACCGCCGAUCCCUCCGUACAGACGAAUCUAAGCAACACCAACUCAAUUGAUGUAAGUCUGGCGGGCCAAAGCGGCAUGAGUGGAUCAAAUGUUAGUUUGCCAGACCAGUUUUACAUUGCCAAAAACGGAAACUCCAGCACGAACACAUUAUCUCAAGACCCCUCGCAUUUGUCGCCAGACUUCUAUGUGCGUAAAAUUAUAUGCAAUAAUAUUACUGCAAAGACCCUAAAUGAUCUAUGGGUUUCUCUGCGAACAGAACAACUAGAUUGGGUUCUUGGUUUUUUAGAAGCCCAGGGUCAAGUAGCCAUCUCGAAUGUGAUCACCAAGACUUGUUACAAGGAGACACCUGAAAAUCUCCUCAGUGAUGAGGUGCUUGAUAAGGAGUUUGCUUAUUUCAAAUGCCUUAAAACUAGUUUGAAUUUGAAAGAAGGUGCGGAUGAAGCGGUAAUGUCAAGUAGUUCCCGGAUCAUCAUCUCUGCAAUAUCUGAGGGUCUACUCUCAUUGAGAAUAGCCACACGACGCAUAGCAUCAGAGCUAUUAAUAUCACUGAGCCAGUGGACUGUUCCUGAAGGGUUCAAUCACAUAAUGGAUGCUCUCGAACAAGAAACUAAAUUUUCUGACAACGUGCAUCUGCAAGCUCGUCUGCUUACAAAACAGUCAAAUAGCAGCAACCUGCCCAUCUCAAUCCCUGAGGAUAUUGAUCAUAGACUAAUGAAGAAGUUUGAGCAGUGGAUGCUGGUGGUUGAAUUCACACUAGAUGGGCGAGGCAAGAUGGGCUCACUUGUGGGUGCAUCUGAAGAUUUCAGAUCAUCUGGUGGUGAAAAUGCAAUAAUGGAAUAUGCCUUUUUAACCCUGCUUCUCAUCAAUCAGCUUUGUAAAACGCCCGUUGAUGUUAAGAAGAGAAUGAUUUUGCGAGCCCGACUUAAGAAUGCUGGUCUUCCGCGGAUCCUCAAUAAAAUGAAACUACUAAACUACGAAAAAGUUGAUGAGCAGUUAGCCGUUUUUGACGACUCUACGGCUGACGACUUUGAUGCCCUCUAUUCUCAGGAAUCUGCCACCGAGGGUAUCGAUAUGAAGGAUCCGGUUUCAAUGGUUCGCAAUCUUUGGGGCCUUUGUAAGGGCUCUGAAGCAGAAGAUCAUUUGAAUUCAUUACUACAAAAUUUACUAAUCGGCUUCAGUGAGUUGGGGACAAAGAGCAAGGAUGACUCUACAAAUAGGGCUCAGCAAUUAAAGCUGGUGGAUGCUCUAGUUUCUAACGUCUCUAUGGCAUCUGUCGACGUUCAUUCCUCCUUUAAUAGCGCUUUGCAGCGACUUUACGAUGCUAUGCAGACUGACGAGAUCGCCCGUCGGGCCAUUAUGGAAAACAGAGAUUGGGUAAAGCGCUACGAAGAAAUCAAAGCCGAACGCAAUAAUCUGCAAGAAAAGCUGGCGAAUGCAGAAGGAGGAUUAGUAGGCCAGCUGCAAGAAGAGCUGAAGGAACGAGAUCGUAUCCUGGAAAAAAGCCAACGUGUAACACGCCAAAUACAGCAAGAGCUCGACGACGCAAAGAAGAAGUUGAUACUCGCAAAACAUCAGCAUGAAGUCGAGCUCAGGAAAACGCUCACUGUUCUUAACUCUAAACCUCAGAGCGACGUCCCUGGUAUAUCUGGUGAUAUAUCUGGUGGUAGUGGUAACAGCAUUGCGAAACCAUUGAAAUCUGAGCGAAAAUUAGCAAUACAAAAAGCUUUACAAGAGAAAUUAGAGAAGACUUCGCAAGAAAUCAGCAUGGAGUCAAGACGACUAGGAGUUUCUGUGAAGCCUAAUAAGCGCUUAAAGCUUCUACGGUCUCGCAUGGAGGAUAUUGAGAAUCAAGCACGCGAAUUAGAAAUGACAAACUUUUCUGAGUACCAGAAAGAAAUGGAGAUUUCGGAUGGAAAUAAUGAAACCUUGCAGGCUACCAUUACUGACGAGAAAACGAAAACUGUGGAAGAUCCAGUGAUCAAACUUGAGGAACUGAGGAACAAAUUGGCUAAGCUGCAGAAUGAAAGCAAUGACAUAUCCAAGUUCAAUGUUGAAGGUAGAAUAAAUGAAAUUUUUGGUGAUCACAGAUCGGCUGCUUUAGAGAGGCUCAAAAAACUUGAAACGGACUAUAAAGGUUUUGGUAUCGAUUUCGACUCUGAGCUUAAUCUUGAGGAAACGUCCGAAGGGCCAAACAGGAGAACUUUGGACCCCAAAGAAAUUCAGAAUAUAUCGGAUGAAGCGUCUACAAUUCUUACCGAGUUUGAUGCUCUGAAAGCCGGAACGUCAAGCAAUGGCAAUCCGCCCUCGGAUACAACGUCUCUUUCAGAGUCUUCUGAUGAAGGUAAUGAGCUCUCGACAUACAAAACUGGUGAUGCGCCAACAACUUCAUUUCUAGAGAGUCUAUCUCAAAAAUACGGAACAGGCCAAGUGAAUCUCAACAAUCGCCUUUCUGAGCCCGAUAGAGAGUUGACUUAUCCUGGGAGCGGGUAUCACAGAAAGUCUUUCAUCAACCGCGUAAAGAAGACUGACACAGUUUCAUAUUUAGAUGAACUUUCAGAGAAGUUUGGUUCAGUUUCUGAUCGAGGUACCGUCAGCAAAUCUAAGAAUGAUGUUGACAAUAGUUCUGAUCCUCAGGCUAGGGACAAAGUACUAUCGGAGCUCAAGUCCAAUGAGGAAUCCCUGGAUUCACCCACCAAGAACCCCGAAGGUGGGGAACUAGGUUCUCCAGUCACAAGCUUGACAAAAGGUCCCGUUUCUGGUCAGAAAAAUGUCAUAAAGAAUGAGAAUCUAGCAAAAGCUACGUCAGGAUCUUCUCCCCCUCCUCCUCCUCCUCCUCUUCCUCUAGAUCAUUUUGCUAAGAACUCGAACGCAGCUGGAAAGAACGAAAUCACUAAGCUACCUGAAAAAGCAGGCGAAGCACCCGGUAGCACAAUUCCACCGCCGCCUCCACCACUACCGCCGACAAUGGCUGCACCUGGCUUAUCUUCAUUGCCUCCUCCGCCUGCACCACCACCACCGCCUCUCUUGAAUCCCUCCUCAUCAAGUGGGGUCCCACCUCCUGCUCCCCCUCCCCCACCAUUUGCGAAAUCUCUGCCUAACCAAAACCAUUCAACCACUUCACCUUUGCUCCAGCAAUCUCCAUCACUAUUUGAAAACUAUCCUCGUCCCACAAAGAGAUUAAAGCAGUUACAUUGGGAAAAAAUCGAUGAUGCGGAAGAUUCCAUAUGGAAAGAUGCCAAUGCAGGAAAGUUUGCGGACGAACUAUACCAAAAAGGUGUUCUACUCAAGCUUGAAACGGCAUUUGCUGCUAGGGAAAUUAAGUCUUUGGCUGGCAAAAAAAAGAAAGACUCAGACAAGGUAUCGUUCCUCUCUAGAGAUGUUUCGCAACAAUUCGGGAUCAAUCUUCACAUGUACUCCGCUUUGACAGUGGAGCAACUCGUUGAUAAAGUUCUCAAAUGUGACCGGGACUUUUUGGACACACCAAGCGUCAUCGAAUUUCUAUCGAAACCAGAAAUUGUUGAAGUGUCAACUAACCUUGCUAGAAAUUUUCUACCCUACAGUAUUGAUUGGGAAGGUGUGAGUCGCGUAGAAGAUGCUAAGCCGCCUGAGAAAGAUCCCUCUGAGCUUCAAAGAGCUGACCACAUAUAUCUGGAACUUUUCGUCAAUCUACAAACUUAUUGGUCUUCCCGAAUGCGCGCAAUCAAAGUUAUUACCUCCUAUGAAAAAGAUUAUAAUGAUUUGGUUCAUAAGUUACGAAUGAUUGACAAGGCAACGUGUGCCAUUCAACAGUCGCAGAGUCUUCGGAGUGUCUUGGAUAUCAUCCUCGCUGUUGGAAACUUCAUGAAUGAUACUUCAAAACAAGCUCAAGGUUUCCGCCUAGCAACACUACAGCGGUUGACAUUCAUAAAGGAUGACAAGAAUAGUAUGACAUUUUUGAAUUAUGUCGAAACCAUAGUUAGGGAGACUUACCCCGAGUUUAAUUCUUUUAUCAAAGAGUUGGAGCCUGUCAUCGCUGCUGUAAAGAUUUCAAUCGAGCAAGUUGCACAAGAUUGCAAGGAGUACUCUCAGGGUAUCGUGAAUGUUGAAAGAUCGGUUGAUAUUGGGAAUUUGAGUGACUCUCUGAAGUUUCAUCCUAAUGAUAGAAUUCUACUUAAGGUCUUGCCGAUUCUACCUGAAGCCCGGAAGAAGGGUGACUUGUUAGUCGACGAGAUGAAACUGACACUUUUGGAAUUUGACAACUUGAUGAAGCUAUUUGGUGAAGAUGCCGUGGACAAAUUCUCGAGAAACUCGUUCUUUAAAAAAUUUGCAGAUUUCUUACAGGAGUACAAGAAAGCGCAGUCCUUCAAUCUGAAAAUGGAAGAGGAAGAGAAGUCCUAUGAGCGCAAGAAAAAGUUAGUAGAAGAUCAACAAAGAAGAGCCCAGGAAAAAAAGGAUGCCCAAACAGGUGAAGACGAUAACGGAAACAGUAACGAAAACCACACUAAAGGAGGUGACAGAGAUGUCAUGGAUAAGCUUCUGGAGAGACUAAAGAAUGUGGGGCCUGCUAAAGGAGAUCCCUCAUCAGCUCGAAAGCGCGCUGAAGCUCGUCGCAAACUAUUACACAACGGUUCGCAGGAUCAAACAAUCUUAGAUAAUUUCGAGAUUGAUGACACUAACUGUAACUCGGUUGUUUAUUCGCCUGGACUAAGGGCUGAUAGUAGGAUUGAAACGGACUCUUCACCUACUCCCGACCAUAGGUUAAAGAUCGCGUCGAGUACGACACCCAGCAAAUCAACUGAAAAAUUGUCAAGUUUUAGUGAGGAUAGAGCGAGAACUUUAUUGUUCGAAUUGAGAGGCACAGAAUCCCCAGAGCUCAGAAAUCAAGUGAGCGAACACAGGGCAUCCCGCCUACGAGCACGGCGAACCAGGGAAAAUGUUGACUCCGCCUUGAAGUCAAAUCGACUAAGCUUUAUCGCUAGCGAGGAACAAAAGGGUGACGGAUUACCCUCAGAUAGACCAAAGGCUGAUACUACCACCAUUGAUGCUGCCGUGAAUGUCGAAACUCAGAGCCAGGUCAUCACCCAUCAAAACCAGGAUUCUGAUGAACAUGGCCAAGCUACUGCAAACAAAGUGAAUCCCGAUUUGGUUGAAACCAAACAGGGUGGGGAAGGUGCUUCCGCGUCUGAUGAUGACGAUUUUGUUGACACAUGA